AUGAAAAAGAAUUAUUUCGCGCGAUAUGCAAGUCCCAAUAUUGUGAUAGUGCCGACUUCAACUACGAAUACCACUACUAUCGCUGCAAAUAGUGGCCCAUCAACUAAUAAACAAAUAGGUGCAAAAUAUCCGGGCGUGUUAUCUAAAAAGCUUAAAUCAUCUCAUGAUGACUUGAAUAUGUCUACAAAUUGUCGAGAUAUCGACAGUGUGGAAGAAGCUUUGAGGCAGCUUCAUAAUGAACAAACGGUCCCAGCGGUACUUAGUUCAAAACAUGAAGGAACAUUUAUUUCAAAUUCAAAAUAUUCCUGCCAAAGUAACUUGAUUGAAUUAACAAACACAUAUAAUAAUGAUAGCACUUUAAAAUCAGAGGCUUGCUUAAAAAAACAGGCAAUAGGCACCAAAGUCUCAAAAUGUUAUAAUAUUGAAGCGAAUAAAGAACAAGAUUUCGAAAACUCAAAUCGACUACAGAAUAAUACAGAUUCUAGUAAAUAUUCUAAUAAUUACACGAGUUCGACUACUUCAGUCAGGGCUAAUAAUAAAUUGAAACAUAUGAAUAUUCAGGACCAAAAAAGACAUUCACAAAGCACCAUAAACCAAACCGAAACAAAAGACAGCCCUUGCGAGUCUAGCCGUAAAAGAUCUAGGAAGCAAGAAGAUUGUAACGACAAAAAUGUAAAUAUGACUUGUUUGGAACAACGAAAAGUAUUGAAGAUGAAAGCAAGCUCUAGUAGUAAUAAUCACGAUAAAAAGCAUUUCGAACUAAGUUUAAAGGAUAAGUUAACAUUGCCUUCGAAAGAGCAAAGACAUGAAUAUGAAAAUAUUAAAUCAAACAACGAUGGUCUUAGAUCCGCGAGAAUAUUACAUGAGCAGAUAAAUGUCAAAACUUCAGGAGCUUUAAAGCGGUAUCUAGACUACAGACGCUUUUUAGAUAAUUGUUAUAAGAAACGCGAUAAGAAAUCUUGCUUAACAGAACCAAAAGUGAGAGAAGAGAGAUCUAGUAAAUAUAUAAAAGAAAAAGAAGCAUCAAGAAAUGUAAAGCCAGUUAUGGAAAGGAAGGAAAAUAAGGAAAACUUGAAACUUAAAUCCGUUAUUGAACGAGCGAAAAAGAAACAAGAAUCUAAAAAGAUAAACAGUUACAUAGAUAAAAAAAUAUCUCAUAAAGAAUCCACGACUAAUGAACAUACAAAAUAUAAGAACGACAAUAAAGAUAUAACAAGUACAGAAAGGAUUAAGAAAAAAGACGAAAUAAAAAUUAAACUAACGAGCUAUUUAGCUAGCAAAAAGAAAAAGGAAAAGCCAGAUAAAAGACAUGACAAGCAUUCUAAAACAGUUGAAACAAAUAAAAAACUUAACUUCAUAAAUAAAAAAGAAAUAUUAAGAGUAAAAAAACAACGUAAAUCACAGAAAGAAUUAUGCAAUGGUACCUCAUAUUCGGAAAGAAAGAAAUUGAAAGAUGAAACUAAUAAAAAAACAAAUCAAAUUAAAACGUCGGGACCGAAAAGGCAAAAGGACUUUGAACACGAAAAAACACAAAAAUCUAGAAAAAGUGAAUCAUCUACUGAAAGGAAUUCAAGCUGUAGGAAAAUAACAGAAAUGACACCUACUUCAACAAGAACUGUGAAAAUAAUUAAGGAACCAAGCGGUAUCAAUUUGCCUAGUAUCAAUACUAUUGAUCUUAGAUCAAAGUUAACUCGUAAGAGAACCAUAAACCAAAGUAAUAUAGAUAUUACUCGUAUAAAAUCAUCAUCUAAACGAGAAAAUUUACUUGUUACACUGAACCAAGAAGUUCAAGCCCGGAGAUUCGAAAGCUCACAAGCUGCAAGUAAACCUAAAGUUAAGAAAACCAAGAAAAUUAAGCUCGUGAUAAAUAUUAAAUGUCCAAACUCUAACGACGAUUCCGACGAAGUUGCAAAUGAAAGUGAACCCGAAAUAACAAGUGGAAACACAUCGCCACAUCAAGACUUAAGUUUUCUAGACGAGAUUGAUAUUGAUGGAAUCGUAGAUAGUUUGAAUGCAGGUCAAAGAAUGGAAAGUCCAAUUCGUGAAAAUAAUAUCAGUACCGAAGUUGGUUUAAAUGAUGAACUUAUUUGUAAAAACAACUCCAACUCAAGUGUAGAAGCUUUAACAAGAGACUGCCAUUUAAUAGAUAUACAGCAUCCUGAUUCACUAAUUCAUAAUAGCGAACAAUCAAAUGUUGGGUUUAUUAAUAAAGUAACCAAUCCUCAAGUAAUUGCAACGAAAAAUAAUACAAAUUUACUAAAGGGAUACAAUGAUGACGUGUACGAAGUAAUUGAUAUAACAGAUGACGUCGAGAACAACACUAUUUUAGUGGAUGAUGAUUCGGUUUUAGUAUCUAUGGAUCAAAACAAAAACGUUAAACAAUCAAUAGUAUUACAUAAGGAACGGGGCAACAAAUCAGACAUAUUUUUAAGCGAAUCAAACAAAGCUAAUCCUAAAGUACCUAUCAUUUAUAUAAACAAUAACCCAAGGGACGGGACAGGUGCAGAAAUUAAUAUAGGAGAACUACUAGACGUAAAACACUGGGAUGCACAAGUCAAUGGCAUCAAUGCCAAUCAAGAAACCUCAAAUAAUCUGUCAAAGGAUCUAAAGGUUCCGAAAAAAGAAAAUGAAUGUAGAGAAGUAUCAGAAAUUGUUGUUGCUUCGGAUUUUAUUUUAAAUGAUACAGAUCAUCCACCCAUCCAUAUAAAGAAGGAAUCUGAUAUCCAUUCUUUGUUAAAUAUAAAAAAUGAAACAUAUGAUAACAAUAUUGUCCCUUCAACAAGUGUAAAAAAGGAAGUAUCUCAUAACCCAACACGUGUAAAGAAAGAACCACACGAUGAGACUAUAAGUAGCACUAAAAUAAUCAAUUCUGAAAAUGUAUCAGUAACCCUUCCUGUACAAUCAAAUAUUGAUUCAAAAGACAAUGACAAAACCCCUGCUAAGGAGGUCAGUGUACAAAACACAACAAUAAUUAAAUCAGAAAAUACUAACUCUGCCUUUAGUGAAUAUGAUAGUCAUUCUAAAAAAGACAGUAUAAACCCUACAGUAGACGUAAAUCAGUCAAAAUAUACCCCUUUCAUUGAAAAAGUAAAUACUGAACUAUCAAAAAAUAAGACGAAACAGGCUGAAAUUGUAACAUCUACAAUAAAAAAUCGGCAAGAUAAUCCCGUAACUCUAACUGAUUCCCCCCUUAAAAUUCCAUCAAUACCUAAAGAAAGUGAAUUGAAAAUAGGCAAUGAUAUUAAUAAUGCAACGGCGACACCUCAGACAAAUUUAGAAAAUAAACAUGUAGAAGCUGUUGAAUCACCUUCUAUUAAUACAGAACAUUAUAAUAUAGGUGGAAAUUUAAAUAAAGGAUACAUAAAUGCAAUGGAAAAGCAAAUGUUUGAAUCCCUACAUAAAAAGUUCACUGUUUUAGACCUUAUUCAUGGUGGAUAUUUCUCAAAUAUUUAUAAAUGCCAAGACUCUAGUGGGGGGCUUUACGCAGUCAAAGUCUUAAGGCAUAGAUUUUUAAGUAUGGGUAUGUACAAAAAGAGCAUAUUCACGGGUUUACAGAAAAUCAGAAAUAAAUAUGGACAUUUUAAUAUUGAAAUCAUAAGUCAUUUCUACAUGGGCUGGGAAUUAUGCUGGCUUACUGAAUACUAUCCUAGAAAUUUAGGACAAGAAUUGGCCAAUAAGACAUUUUUGAAUAUUGAUGUGGUGCAAAAUUUAUCUAGACAAUUAGUAUCAGCAGUGAUAAUGUUAACGAGGAACUGUAUCAUACAUUCAGACAUAAAACCAAGUCACAUCCUUCUGAACAGUGAAGGCAACGGACUUAAACUGUGUGGCUUUGAUCGAGCUGAUUACGGUUACAAUAUAAAAAUAACACCAAGCAGCGGUACAUCAAGUUAUCGUGCUCCUGAAAUUAUAUUGGGCUUUAAAGCAGACUACAAAAUAGACGUAUGGGCCACCGCCUUAGUUAUUUACGAAAUGGCUUCGGGUACGAAGCUAUUCCCAGGAAUUUACAAUAAUCAAAUAUUGUACCAUCAAAUAUGCACUUUAGGUCCUAUAGAUAUUGAGAUGCUGGAGAGAAGCACUCAAGUGCAUAAGCACUUUUUAGAUACCAACUUUAUGCGGCAAGUCGGACCAAAGGUGAGAUACGCAGUUUAA